AUGUACUACGUGCUGGCUGGAAAGGAGAACAUGGAAUCUUCGUAUCUCAUGAGCAAGGGCAAAGCUUUGGAGACGUUCCCGAUGCUUAGACAGGAUGGCCUCGUAGGCGCGCUGGUUUACUAUGACGGUCAACAUAACGAUUCACGGAUGAACUCGCUUUAAUCAUGACGGCAGUACAGCAAGGCGCGAUUGCUGCGAACCACGUCGAGGUCACUUCGUUGCAGAAGGAAGCUGGUUCUGGCAAGCUCUACGGCUCACGGGUACAAGACAAAUUCACCGGCCAGGAAUUCGAAGUUCGCGCAAAGGGUAUUAUCGAUGCCACAGGCCCCUUCACG